AUGGAGUUCCUCGCCGAAGAGAACGAGUGUGGGCAGACGCUCCUUCGGCUCGUGAGCCGCGGCAGCGCCAUCAUCGCCGAGCUCUUCCGCCUCAGCAACAACAUCCCAGGUAUCUUUCUCGGGUCGUCCUUCGUCGAGGACCCGGAGCAGCGCAAGUACCUCGACAUCCUCUUCGACUUUGCGUACCUCAAGAACCCGGAGGAGUUUGAAAACGUCGUCAACAGCAACACGGAGCUGCUGGACGUCGACGACGAGUUUAUGGACAACCAUGAAGACAUCCUCGAUCGCUUCUACCAACUCUUUGACAGCAUCUACAAGUACAUCAAGGACUACCUCGACUUUUGCGAGAACCUCGAGAAAGGCUUCUUCAUCCAGCACGACCUCGCCAACAUCCUCCUCGACACGGACGGCGCGCAGCUCAUGUGCGAGUCGCUCUAUCUCUACGGGUGCAUGCUCCUCCUCCUCGACCAAAAGAUCCCAGGCCCCGCGCGCGAGCGCAUGGUCAUUGCGUUCUUCCGCAACAAGGGCGAGUCGGCGCUUGAAAAUAUUGACGAAGUGUGCAAGCUCUGCCGCGUCACGGGGUACCUCCCGGGCAUGGCCAAGCCGCCGCAGUACCCGGAGCGCUUCUUCAAGCGAUUUGCGCCGCCGGAAGAGGUCGUGAGCAUGGUCAUCGGGAAGCUCCAGACCGACGACGUGUACCUGCAAGAGCCGGCGUUCCCGCACCGCGACCACCGCAGCACGCGUCUCGCAGCCCAAGCCAGCGCGCUUUACGUAGUCUUGUAUUUCGCGCCCGACAUCCUCAUCCACGAAAAAGCCAGCAUGCGCGAAAUCGUGGACCGGCACUUCAACGACAACUUUAUCCUGGCGACGUACAUGGGCACGGUCGUCGAUCUCUCGCUGGAGUGGGCGCCGUACCCUGCCGCGCGCGUCGCGCUCGCCAAUACGCUCGAGAUCGGCAACAUUACGCAAAUCGUCAAGACAAAGGCCAAGCAGAGUGUCAAGUCGAUCGACCAGCUCUCGCACUACCUCACCGAAGGCGUCUUGAACGACCAGUUUGUUCUGGAGAACCUCGACCCGCUCCUGCAUUGCAUUCGCAGCGCCAACGUGGUCAUCCGCUGGACGAUCCUCCACAGCCGCAUGCAAGAAGUGAUCCCGAUGAUGAACAACAGCCGCGAGCAGCGCGCCGUUUUUGACAAGGCCACGGACCCGGACCGCCUCAUCACGCUGCUCCUGCAAGCGUCGCAGCUCGAGUGGAAGCUCAAGCAGAUCUUCCAGUCGCUGCUUGCGUCGAAGGAAGAGCGCUGGCAGCACUGCAUGAAGGAGACGAGCGACCGGCUGGAAGAACUGAGCGAUUACUUUACGGGCGAGAAGCCCCUCACGCGCGUCGAGCGCAACGAAGACCUCAUGGGCUGGUUCAAGGACACGGCCGAGAAGGUCAAGAGCCUCGACUACGUCGACCAUGUCAAGGCGGGCCGACGCAUCAAGCGGCUCAUUGAAGCGCUUCUGUCGGUCGAGCAGUUUGACCAAAUCGACACGUCGCUUCAAGUCAAGGCCUUCUUGGCCGAGUCGCGCCAGUUCCUCACCGAGAUGGUGCGGACGGUCCGUGUCCGUCAAGAAGCCAUGGGUAUCAUCGAGACGGUCUCGGACCUGAGCUACGGCUGGGAGAUCAUCAACGAUUUUAUGCCAAUCCUGCACACACGCGUCAAGCGCGAUCCGAGCUGCGUCAUCUUGCUACGUGCGCUCUUUUUGAAGCUGGCGUCCAUCUUGGACAUUCCCCUCACGCGUAUCCACCAGUGCAACUCGACCGACGUCAUCUCGGUCGCCGAGUAUUACUCGGGCGAGCUCGUCGACUACGUCCGGCGCGUCAUGGAGAUCAUUCCGCAGAGCGUCUUUCGCAUCUUGGCGGGUAUCGUCAAGCUCCAGACGGACCACAUGAAGACGAUUCCGGUCAAGAUCGAAGCCCUCUUGCUCAAGAACCACGCGCAGCUCAACGAGCGCUACCGCCUCGCGCGUGCGACCAACGAAGUGUCCAAGUACACGGAAGGUAUCUUGGCCAUGAAGAAGACGCUGCUCGGUAUUCUUGAAGUGGACCCGCGCCAAGUGCUCGAAGAAGGCUUGCGCAAGGAGCUUGUCUACCGCGUCUCGCGCGCGUACCAUGAUAUUCUGCAGUUUCCUGCGGCGCUCAAUGCCGCCGAAGGCACCGCGAUCUUCCAGUCGCUGGCGAGCACGCUGCAGGCGUACCGCCUCUCGUUCGAGUACAUCCAAGACUACGUCGGCAUUUAUGGGCUACGCAUGUGGCACGAGGAGUUGAGCCGCGUCAUCAACUACAACGUCGAGGCCGAGUGCAACCGAUACCUCAAGAAGAAGAUCUACGACCGCGCAUCGCAGUAUCAGUCGCGAGCGAUCCCGAUCCCGCGCUUCUCGCCGCCGCCCCAAGACACGAGCAUCAAUUUCAUGGGCCGGCUUCUCCACGCGCUCUUUGUGAUGACGGACCCGCACGACACGAUUUUUCUGGCUGGCAUGAGUACGUUUGGCCUUUUGCACCAGAGCAUUGGGCUCCUCGGGCUGGUCGGCAUUGAUCGUAUGCUCAGCUUUCGCAUCGUGCACACGCUCAACAACUUGAUCAAGUUUUGGGGCUCAACCGUCACGCCGUACUUGCCGCUGCUCGACCAGCUCGCGACGGGUCUCGAGCCGUACUGGCGCAUGCCCGAGAACGCGACCAAGCUCUACGAGGCCGCGCAAAAGAAGGUCGAGAAGCUCCAGAGCAAGCUGCUCAAGGCCGUCUUGAUCAUUGGCCAGGCCGCGCUGCUUCGCAAGGCGAUUGCGGGCGAGCUUGCGUUCAGCUCGCGCCUCGACGCGCAUUUGCUCACGUGCUCGAUCGACACGCUCGACAAGAGUCUUCUCGGGGACAUCCGCUUGCACUACCGGUCGCCGGGCACGACCCCGUACCCGAAUCCCGCCGUGCUCGUCGAGGUCAACAAGUACCUCGAGAACAUGGGCGCCAACGACCCGUUCCAGAAGAUCUACAUUACGAUGGACGCGCCGCUCGAAGGUCUCGCGAGCCUCUUUCUGCUCUUUGUGCUCGCCUACAUGCCAAAAUUGCAGUACGAUGCGGCGUUUGGGUCGCUCAAGCGCGUGGCACAGAAUCCGCUCGACGGGUCGCCGCUCGUCUUGGGCCUCGUCACGAUCUUCAAGCAACUCCACCCGUCGUUCACCGACCAGUUUGUCGCGUAUGUCGGGCAGUAUGUCCGGUCGCAGAUCAACGACAUUGCGCAGCGCCCGGGCGCCACCGGCGAGCUGCCCCCCGAUGUGCUCAACGUGCUUAUCUUUCUCGUGCAGUUUGCGCGCGCGUCGCACCUCAAGUCGAGCAUGCUCCACACGCACGUGCCGGCCUACAUCUUUGAUGCAAUGCAAAUGUAA